UUAAUAAUUAUAUCGUGUAAAAAGAACUAUGUUGCCGCUACAAAUUCUUGGCACCGCCCGGCUAAAUCAAAAAACAGUUUUCGCUAGUUUACGGCCUGCGUUGGUGCGUUUCUAUUCGUCUAAGACAGCAGCCAGUGGUAACAAAAGCACCACCGACGAGAAGAUUGCUCCUUUAGAUCCAGCUGAAGACGAAGUACCAGUAACCUUUGUUGACGAUGAAAAUCUGCAGGAAGCACGGGAAGCCAGGAUCGAGAUGCUUCGUAAUAAAUCGGCUUUAUUGCCGCAGCAUCGUAAUAUGUUGAUCGGAAGACUACCGUACGAGGAAUCCCAGUCGUGGAUUCACGAAACGGUUAAGUACAAGCGCAUGAUGUUAGGCAGAUACGGGCUGGAAAGCAGCGGUGUUGAUCCUCGAGUUGCUUUCCCCACUAAGCGGGAAGCGAUUGAGAAAGCGGAAUACGAACGAGUUGCUUUCCCUCACACCCUGAAGGAUAUGAUGGAGUCUAACCGGAAAGCCAAAGAACAACGCAAAGCGGUUAUACAGGCCCGAGAGAAUGAAAUUGCCAAGAAACUGGAGAAGCUAGACCAGUGGACAGCGGAUUUGAAUGCACGUAUUGCUAAAAAGGAGGCGGACGCACGUGCGGCCAAAGAUCGUAAGGAUCGAUUGGUGGAGGAAGUCCGACGUCACUUCGGGUUUAAAAUCGAUCCGCGAGAUGAACGCUUCCAAGAGAUGUUGGCUCAAAAAGAGAAAGAGGACCGUAAAAAGGUUAAAGAAGCAAAGCGAAAGGAGAAGGAAGUUCUAAUGCUGGAGAAGUUGAAAAAGAAAACAGAACAAAUGGAGGAGAUUGUUCCUGUGGAAGAAAACGACGAUAAAAAGUGAAAAUACAUGUUAUUAGGGUUUGAAAAUGUAUUGAAGGAAGAAACACUACAUUUUCCUUAGAAUAAAUUAGAAUUGAA